CCGAACAGUGCGCAAACUAAUAGAAAAAUGAAAACUGUGUUCUUGCUGGUCGUACCUCUAAUGGUUGCUCUAUUUUUUACACCCCAGAUACAACGCAACAGUUGCAGAAGUUAUUUUAGUUAUUUCAAUAUAUUUUUCAGCAGCGAUUGUUAUUAUAAUCCCGACCUAGACGACGACAUUCUGGGUAUUAUCCAACGACACGUCGGAGUGCACGAAACUCACCAAGUUCAAACGGAUGAUGGUUAUCUUUUGACGCUUUUUCGAAUACCGCGCCAAAAUCCUAAAGGUGUGAUUUUUUUCCAACAUAGUCUUUGUACAGAUGCACGAAUAUGGAUUAGUCAGUAUAAUGAAUCCAUUGCCUUUUUCUUCUGGAGAGCGGGUUAUGACGUUUGGUUGGGAAAUACACGUGGGAAUUAUUUUUGUAAGAAACACGUCAGUUUAAACCCAACGGAAGCCGCGUUUUGGAAUUUUACUUUUCACGAAAUAGGAUACUACGACAAUCAUGCGAGUAUUGAGUAUGUUAAACGACAAAUAGGUGGGUGUAAAAUCACCUACGUGGGAUACUCGAUGGGUGGUGCUAGUGGUAUGGUGUAUGCAAGCAUCAGAGAUAAAGAUGCUGUUGAUUCUGUUAAACUGAUGGUGGUGAUGUCUUCUAGUACUCAGCUUGGACUUGAUUGUGCUGGUUUCUUAAAAUAUACACUCUUCAUACCUUACAAUUUACAAGGAAUCGUGAGCUUUGCUGAUCCACUUUUUGUUCUAAAUCGACAAGACGUUUGGUACGUAAAAAUUGCUAGAUUUCUAGCAACACAUUUUUCGUGCAAGAAAUGUAUGUUAUUUAUUUCGCAUUUAUUUACUGGGUUUUCUCAAGACGACUUAGUACCAGACCUGAUAAAUAUGUUUAUACGAGUACAUGGGUCUGAAAUUCCUUUAAAAAUCGUCUAUCAUUAUUAUCAAACGUAUAUUUCUGAUGGACUGUUUCGAAGAUAUGACCAUGGUGAGGCUAGGAACUUAGAAAUAUAUGGUACCAAAGAACCAACACCGUACCCCUUGGAAAAUAUUAAAGUGCCUGUACAUAUUGUACACGGAGCAAAUGAUAAUAUAGAUUGUCCAACUGCAAAUGAAAAACUAUAUAACACGUUGUCGAAAAAUUCCACCGUCUAUGGGAAACUGAUGGUCGAAGGUUUCAAUCACUUCGACUUUUUAUAUGGGCGAUAUCGUAACGAAAAAGUCUAUUCCAAAAUUUUGCAAAUCUUGGAUGAUAUUAAUCUAAAAGAAUAACGUUGUGUGUAUAUUUUUGAAUAUAACCCAUUUUGUUUCUUAA